GAAGCCAUUGACAGCCCACCUUUUGAUCCGAUCUCCCCUAGAUAUUUUUACCUGUUUUCGCGGCUGUGAGUACACGGUGAUCAUAAGAAAUUUCAAAGGCAGUUUUAGUUUGCUCUAAAACCAGGCAGAGCUUCAGAUAUUUGUCAGCAGGAUAGGUUUUGUAACCGUAACCGGAACCGGAACAUUUUUUUUGGUUGCUUCGCGCUAUAGUGACACUGUUGCUUUGUGGAAGCUGUGAGAAAUUAGGGUUUUGUUUGUGCUUCCUGUGUUUCGAUUUCCUUUGUUUUGUGGUGGUUAGGGUGUACGAGAAUGGGUGAAGCGGUGGUGAGCGGUGGGGAGGGCAUGGGGGCGGAGAAUGACGGGGCAGGGGAGGUGGUGAGGUGGGAGAGGUUGAGGGUUCUUCUGGUCGAAGCCGACUAUUCCACUCGGCAGAUUAUCACCGCGAUUCUCCGGAAAUGCAGUUACAGAGUUGCAGCAGUUUCUGAUGGACUAAAGGCAUGGGAGACAUUAAAGGGGAGACCUCAUAGCAUAGAUCUCGUAUUAACUGAAGUGGAAUUGCCGUCAAUAUCUGGAUUUGCACUUCUUUCUUUAGUCAUGGAGCAUGACGUUUGCAAAAAUAUUCCUGUUAUAAUGAUGUCUUCGCAUGAUUCAAUUGGCAUGGUAUUGAAAUGCAUGUUAAAAGGUGCAGCUGACUUUCUCAUAAAGCCUGUUAGGAAGAAUGAGCUGAGGAACCUUUGGCAGCAUGUAUGGAGAAGGCACACUCUGGCUGGUCGACAAGUUCCUCAAAACUUGGCUGUUCCACAGCAAAAAGUUGAAGGCACUUCUGAAAAUAAUGCAUCAAGCAAUCAUUCAAGUGAAUGUGUGGCUUCUACACACAGAAAAAAGGAAUCCAGUGAGAAAGGGAGUGAUGCCCAGAGCUCUUGUACAACGCGUUACAUGGAAGCUGAAAGUGCAGACAUGCAAAAUAUGCAGGGUCUUUCUCAGAUGAAGUGUGUGAGUGCUUCAAAUUUGAGCAACACUGACAUGGAGAAGCAUGGAGGGUGUGCUAAGUUGGAUCAGGAAUCAGUUUUGCCUGAGAGUGAAAAUGGAGAAUCAACAAGGGGAAAAUCUGACAAGCUAAUUACUGCAGAGAAAUCAAAAAGAUUGGGAUCAGAGGUUGCACCCUACAGAGAAGCCAAUAACUCAACUCUUUUGAGAUUGAAAGAAGACCAAGCCUGUGCUGAAACAAUGAGUCAAAAUGAGGUUGUGCAAGCAGAAAGUAAUAGAGGCAAUGCUAAUACUGCUAGUGAGAUUCACAGCUGUGAUGAUGAACUGGUUGAACCUUCUAAUGGAGCUAUUGACUUGAUUGGCACAUUUGAUAAUCGCCCAAAGUGCACUGAUGGGAACUCUAGUUAUAAAGAUGGCAGCACAAAAAAGUUCGAAUUUGUUCCACAUUUGGAACUUUCAUUGAGAAGAACUUGCCCAAGCAGCUCAAAUUACCAAGGGACUGAUGAAAGGCAUACCCUGAUCCAUUCUAAUGCGUCUGCAUUUUCAUGGUAUAACAGUUGUAAGAUGCUGCAACCCCUUCUACCAACACUGUCCAGCAAUUGUACUAAGUCGAAGGAGGGUGCAAGUAAAUCCUAUGAACUGUCAUCCAAUCAGCUCUCUGGAAGUACCAAUGGCACUUUUCUCCAAAGUAGUGCCAUAUUGAGUAAUAGUCAGGAAAAUAUGCCCACUUUGGUCAUUGGUCAAUCCGGACAAGGUGAACUACAGUUUCCAAGUCAUCAGCUUGGGAUGAUACCUGUCCCAGGAAACAGUCCUUUUCUCCCAUCCAUGUUUUAUACUCAAUCUGGUCUACCCCCUGAGUGGAGUCCCAAACCUGCCUGUGAGCGAGAUCACUCCCCCUUUCCUUCAAGUGCCUCACUUCAAUCCAAUCCUGAAAUUCCCAACUCAGAACUAGGUUAUAACCAAUCUGAUGAGACUACCAACGAUUCCACUCAUCAAGCUGUGCACGAGGAGAAUGAUUUGGAGCAUGCGGAGGAAAUUAGACAUGGUUUUCCUGCUGCUGGUCAGAAUACUACUAGUAGCUUAUGCUAUGAUGCUGUAGAUCAUACUAAUGCAUAUGGGAGCAGUUCCACUAAGAGAGAUGAGGCUGCCACUGCCCCUGAGAGAUGGAAUGAAAGUGGUCUUUCUAUUCAUGAUGGAUCUAGAGGGAUGGACUCACUUCGCUCUUCCCAAAGGGAAGCAGCUCUCACAAAGUUCCGACUGAAGCGGAAAGAUCGAUGCUUUGAGAAAAAGGUCCGAUAUCAGAGCCGGAAGAGACUGGCGGAGCAAUGUCCUCGAGUGAAAGGACAGUUUGUGCGCCAGGUGAAGACUGACCCUCCAGUUGGUGACGCCAAUGGUUGUUUAUGAUGAAUUUCGAUGCGUCUUCAUUGUUGCUUGUUCAAUCUUGAGCUCCCAUACUUUCCCGAUGAACAUUGGUUAAAUUGUAGCUACAAAAGAGUUGAUUGUCUGAUGUGGUGUCUCUUGUGUUCCUGAAGCUUAAAGAGAAGCGGGGAAUGGUAUGGAAAGAGUUGAAUGGUUAGUCUCUUUUAGUGUUAGCAGGGUUUUGACUGUAACUUUACAUUAACUAAAAAUGUAGUUUUGUAAUCAUGCAGUGGGGUUGCCCAAGUUUUUGGUAUCACCGAUUGUAAAUUUGUUUGUAUGCUUACCAGACAACGGAGUGUAGAGAAGACAGGUUUAAUUGUACAAUAAUUUGCAAUUACAGUUUGGAUGCUAGUUCAUAUUU